AUGUCUGAGCAUUCUGCAAAGGAAUUGCUGGAGAAGUCUGAGCUUGGGGUAUACCUUCGUGGCGACCUAACAAUUCCUGGACUUCUGCAUACAAUAUAGUAGUCAUGCAUUGAUAUGAUGUUGUUUUCUUUCUGAUGUUACGAGAGCAGAUACAUGGAUGGGAUCUAGUAAGCGAAGGUGGAAAGCUGAAACUUCAGCGAUCAUGGAAAGCAAAGAGUUUCAUGAAAGCUCUAGAGUUCUUCCAGCUAGUUGCUGAAGUUGCUGAAGCAGAAGGUCUUUCCUUUUAACAGGCAUCUUCAUAUUUUCUUCUAAAAUCAUAAAUUAGUGCUCCUAAAUGUGAUUACGGUUUCUGUAACUGGGAAAUAUGAUUUUUCUAAGAAUGACAAUUUUUCUGCGGUUCCAUUUAAUUUUUUAUGCUUGGGAAUUUUUCUAUGGAAUCGAUUCGGCUUUCUGUGUAUUAUUCUUCUGGGACUGGAACUUAUUGAAAAUAUACACUUAUGUCAGUAAGCAAACGGGCAUUAUUUUUUGAGUUUUUUUUUGGCUUAUUUAUCAUCCAUCUUAUAAUUGUAUCUUCUGAAUACAUAGAAGACGAACUUAUUAUGCAUUUUGUUUGUGGAAUUUAAGUUUUUUGCGAAUGAUAUUGGCAUUCGUUGUGGUGAGUCAGGAUGAGUGUUUCAUUACAGUUCAUAUUGUCAAUGAGGAAAACAUCUGAAUGCCCAGACAUUCUUUGAAAUGUGUGAGGCAUUAAAUCUGGUUCUCAAUGCCUCAGAUUUGUGUAAGAUGGAGUCAGCUGGAUUGACUUAUGUGGCUAAGCGGGGAAGAGGAAGAUCUGUUAAAGUUCAGAGGGACGUACUUUAAAUCAAUUAAUGGAAUAAUUAUUUAUAAGAAAUCUAAUAAAUGCUGAAAUAUACGAAAUUUUGGAUAAACUCCUGGAGACAUCGAUGUUCAUGAUCAUUGUUGUUGAGCGAGGCUACAUCAUAUGUCCUUCUUACUAUUUAUUUCUAGGAAAGAAAAUAUUAUUGUUUCCUGUUUCCUACAUGGCUGAGAUAUUCUAGGAUGGAUUGUGGAUGAAAUUUUAUUUUGUUUAAUGACGAGAAUUUGCCAUAGAGCAUUGAUUCGAUGGUCCUCAUAUUUCCCAGGACAUCAUCCUGAUCUCCAUCUCGUGUGCUGGAACAAUGUGAAGAUUGAUUUAUGGACGCACUCUGUCGGUAUGCAUUCUCUUUUAAACUGUCCGCUGAUCGUUCAGGAAUCCAUUUAUUUGUUGACUAUAUUGAUGUCGUUAAUGAAUUCAUUUCUUUUGCAUGGUUUGCCUAUUUCUUGGUCCAAAUUAUUGGACUCAAGUCAAUGAGAUCAAGUGACGAAACUAAGAGACUAAAAUAAUUUGAUGUGUCAGGCCUCUUUGUCUGACAACCGAGUCUACUAAAAAUAUACCAGAUAUGGCGAUCUAUUGACGGUAGACGGCCCAAUCUACUCUAUGAAGAGCGAGAGAUUAGAUGGUACAAUUUUUUGUUCACGUUCUUGUGAUGUUUCUGAAAUCCUAUAGCUCUGUCUCCUACCGACCCAAAACAGGAAACAAAAUCAAAGUUCAGACUGAUCUUGCUUUUGGGAUUGAAAGAGCCCAUCUAGGGCUCCUAACGAGAUCUGAAGGCUACAUUUAUGUGGGAGGAAGGUGACUAAUUCGACCAUGCUUCAAUCUCAUCAGCGUCCGACCAAGCUUUUCUGUGGGAUAGGAUAUUGUUUCCCUGGUUUGCCCUACCUUCCACUGAAAUGGCUAAAAGUCCAGACAGCCUUUUGGGAAGUACUGGAAAGGAUGAAGAGGAAGAGAUGAGCUCGAUGCAGAUGCUUGAUUGACGGUUUAUGUUAAUGGGUUUGAGUUUUAGAAAGUUAUUGUGAGAGCAUCCCGAAGCACAUAGUUUGAGCUCCAUUUCUUGGUGAAUUCAUAUUUAUUUGAGAGCACAUCCCGUGGAUUUAAAUUGUGAUCUUCAUCAGCAAAAUCAGUGGCAAAAUCUUCAUCAAUAAUCUGAAUUAGUCUAUGUUAAUGGGUUUACCUUAUUCGGCAAAAAAAAAAAGGACCGACUACAUUCCUUUUCUUCACCAGUUACUCCUGGGCCAGUAUUCAUAUCGGCGGCCUCUCUUUGAUGUUCAUUUGCACAGUGUAUUUGAUUUUAUGCCUUUGAUGGUUUGGGCUAUUCCCCCUUUGGCAGGCGGUCUAACAGAGAACGACUUCAUUCUCGCCGCCAAGGUCAACGCCCUUCAUGUGGAGAAUCUCCUCCGCCGUAAAGCUUCAGAUUAG